CCCUUCUGCGGUGGUCACAUCCCAUUUCCACGCUCGUCUCAUACUCACCUCACAAUCCACCUGCUGAAGUGACACUGUUGCAAAAUACUGCAAACAUGGACGCUACUGGGUCGUUCCGAGUGGUGUCAGAGGAGGAGCGGGCCAUGAGAUCCAAGCUGGAGCAUCUGACAGUGAAGGACCACGGGCCUGUGUUUGGGCCGUGUCACAAAAUGCCGGGGCACACCUCACAGAAGGCUAAGGACGAGCUGAACGAGACUGAGAAGAGGAGGGGGCUGUCCCUGAAGGAGCUCCGGGCCGCCAUGAAGGAGAGGGCGGCCGAGGGAGACGACCUGGCCAAACUGGUGCUUGAGCGCUUCGGGGACAAGCCCGACUCUCUGCUCCUACGCUUCCUCCGGGCCCGCAAGUUCGAUGUUGUCAGGGCCCAUGAACUCAUGAAGGGUUACGUGCGCUUCAGGAAGGAGUACCCCGAGUUGUUUGAGAAUCUGACGCCCGAGGCCGUCCGCAGCACCAUCGAGGCGGGCUACCCUGUGGUUCUACCCAUCAGGGACAAGUACGGUCACGUAGUGCUGCUCUUCAACAUUGACAACUGGGACUUGGAGGAGAUCACUUUUGACGAGAUCCUGAGAGCGUACUGUGUGAUCCUGGAGAAGUUGCUUGAGAAUGAAGAGACCCAGAUCAACGGCUUUGUCCUGAUUGAGAAUUUCAAGGGCUUCACCAUGCAGCACGCCUCAGGGAUCAAACCAGCAGAGCUCAAGAAGAUGGUGGACAUGCUGCAGGACUCGUUCCCGGCGCGUUUCAAGGCGGUCCACGUCAUCCACCAGCCGUGGUACUUCACGACCACGUACAACGUGGUCAAGCCCUUCAUGAAGAGCAAGCUGCUGGAGAGGGUGUUUGUCCACGGGGACGAGCUGGACAACUACUUGAAGGAGUUUGACGCCGACAUCUUGCCUGCCGAUUUUGAUGGGAAAGCUUGCGUUGCGGACUGCCAGGCCAUCGCCAGCAGGCUCUUUGGCUCCGAGGACACGGCUCUCUGAGGCAGGGGCUCUACAGCGGCCUUCAACGGAGAUGAGGCACAUGAAGGCGUGCCGAUUUCAAGCUGUAGCGUAAAUGUUUUUUUCUUCAUCUGUAUGAGAGUUCUAAGGGGGAAAAGUUUUUAGAUUUAGGAGGAGGUUUAAAGAAACACUGGAAAUGGAUGGUUAGAUAUUGCUGAAAAAGAGAUGAGAUGUGCCGCAAUUUCUAUUUGGAACUGGUGCGCUUGAUAUGGCUACCUUUAGGAGUUGGGAGAAUUUGUGGUUGCAAGGGUGAGAAAUGAUAUAAUUGU